AUGGAUGAUAUCACAACUAAUAUUACCAAUGAAAUCGGUGAUCAACAGGCGUUGAAACGAACAACAUCGAAAGUGCCAAUCACGUUGAAUAUUCGUUAUAAAACUCAAACGUUUCCAGUCAAUUGUGAUUUAUUCGAUACGCUGAAAGAUUUGAAAGACAAAAUCGAUAAGAUGACUGAUGUUGAUCCUCGAGUGCAAAAACUAGUCAAUAAAUCGAUUACUAGUGUCAAACACGAUGAUGCCACAACAACAUUAAAAGAUUUGAACAUAACCGAUGGUCAAACGUUGUUGUUAGUUGGUGCGACUCGAGCGGAAAUUUUGUCGACGACACAGGUGAAUGUCAAUUCGAGUGGAAGCAAAGAUUCCCUGGAUGAUCAUUCAUCAUCAUCAUCAUCGACGAACAAGAAAGAACCUUUAUGUAAACAGACGAAACAUGAGAAAGUUUUGAAAGCAGGUAAGCCGGAUAAUGUUCAAAUAGGUAUUCGAAAUCGACAUGAUCCAUUACCUCAAUCGAUCGAUGGGUUGUACAUGUCAAUGUUAAAUCAUUCAGCAAAGAAAGCACGAUUAACCUUUAAACUUGAACAUGACGAAUUAUGGAUUAACACAGCGGAAACAACGAAAAAGAUUCCAAUGACUCACAUAAGAAAUAUUGUCGAUGAGCCAAUUGAAGGUCAUGAAGGUUAUUCAAUUGUUGGCUUUCAAACUGGUACAACAGAAAGUUCGAUUAUAUGGUUGUACUGGUGUCCAUCACAAUAUGUGAAAUCCAUUCGACGCGAAAUUCUUUCGGAUCACUAA